AUGAACGACUCUGUGCGGACAACGACAACGAUUUCAAGCACAAAAUCACUUGUUUUCCGCUUCCAACUGUCCGCCAUUCUCCUCCACCUCCUCCUUCUCGCAAUCACUCCGAUCAUCAUGUCAGUGUCUGCUGCUGAUCCACCAAUAAAUCGUGCCUCGGAAGCUCAUGGUUUGCGAAGUGGCAUGCUUCGUAAACUUGGUCUUGAGCACGUUCCAGUACAGACUGGUCCGAGUAUAAAUGUCCCACAACACAUGUGGGAUAUUUAUGAUGAUGAUAACGAUGUCGACUGGGUCCGGCAUUAUUAUCCAAAGGAGAUCACUGAAGAUAGCGAAGGAUUAGUUUUGUCUUACAAUCUUUCAUUGGCUGCACGAGAUGCUCAAAAUGAAGAAGUCACUAAGGCAAUACUGAAACUUCGGUUACAUCGCAACAACUCAGCGAGGAGGUCCGGCAGAUUUUCUAUAUAUUUCUUCGAAGAUGAUAUGAACAAUGAAAAAUUUCAAAUCGAAUCUCGAUCCGACGACGAAUUAAGCGAUUGGAUCGAUUUCGACGUGACGGCUGCCUUCAGAAGGCGGACAGAUCGUAUCAGUUUCUUUGUCGAAUUGCCGGAAGAUGUGGAGAUUGAAGAGACACAAAGCAGCUCACUGAGCUCGUUACCAUACGCACGGGCUCAGAGUGCACCGCUCAUUGUUUUCAGUGACCUAUCAGAACCAUCUAGCGUCCGACGGAAACGAAGUGCACAAACAGGCAACAGCGAACGAAAAAAUCGAAAGAAGGGUAGAAAACAUCAUAACACUGAAGCAGAGAGUAAUCUAUGCCGAAGAACAGAUCUCUACGUGGAUUUUGAUGAUCUGGGUUGGCAAGAUUGGAUUAUGGCGCCCAAGGGCUAUGAUGCGUAUCAAUGCCAAGGUAGUUGUCCAAAUCCAAUGCCAGCUCAGCUAAAUGCUACUAACCAUGCUAUUAUUCAAUCUCUUUUACAUUCUUUAAAACCUGAUGAAGUGCCACCACCGUGCUGUGUGCCUACUGAAACGAGCCCUCUUUCGAUUCUCUACAUGGAUGUAGAUAAAGUAAUAGUGAUAAGAGAGUAUGCCGAUAUGCGGGUUGAUUCUUGCGGGUGCCGGUGA